CCGUUACAUCAUCAUUGAAAAAACAAACAAAAUAUACAAAAAUAUCAUAAAAAAUCGCCGUUAUAACUUUUUUCCUUAAUAAAUUUUCAUUUUCACUACCCAAAUUUAAACUUUUAAGGAAACAAUGAAAAGAAACGCGUGUGUGGUUUUGUAUAUAUAGAUAGAGACAUUUAAGUAUAUAUGUGUGGGUAUGAUUUCUAGGGAUGAUCGACAUGCAACAAUGAAACAAUCAUCAUCAAUAUUUCGAGAAAAUUCAGAGAAAAAAUCAGAGAGAUGGAUGAUUAUGAACAUUGGAAGAUCAUCUCCAUUUUUCUUGUCUUCUUUUUGUAUAACUCUCUUCUUCACCGGUUUCUUCGUUUAUCAGAAUCCUUUUAAAUCCAUUGCUGAUCAAAAUGUUCUUUCUCUCCAACCUCAAAUCGAUCCUAAAUGUGAUUUAUUCAAGGGACAUUGGGUUCCAGACAAAAGAGGAUCUUUGUACACAAACUCAAGCUGUUCUACAAUUCCUGACUCAAAGAACUGUAUAAAACAAGGGAGACCAGACAGGAGUUUCUUGUUCUGGAGAUGGAAACCAGAUGGUUGCAAUCUUCCUAGGUUUAAUCCGAAGGUGUUUCUCGGUAUGGUUCGAGGCAAGAAGAUGAGUUUUAUUGGUGAUUCUGUAGCUAGGAACCAUAUGGAAUCUCUUCUUUGCUUGUUGUCAAUGGAAGAAACUCCUAAGGUCAUUUACAAAGAUGGAGAAGAUAGAAACAGGAUUUGGUACUUUCCGAAACAUGAUUUUACUCUCUCGACUUCGUGGACUAAGUUUCUUGUAGAGGAACGAGAGAGGAGGGAUGGUAACAAUACAGGAACUGGAUUGUUUGAUCUAGACAUUGGCAAGAUCGAUGAAGGGUGGUUUAAGGGUCUGCCGAAUACAGACAUUGCUAUUGUCUCGGCUGCUCACUGGUUCUUCAGACCGAUAUUUAUACAUAGAGGAGAUGAGACACUGGGUUGCAUUUACUGUAACUUACCAAACAUGACUCAGAUUAGCCCGGAAGAAGGGUUUAAGCUUGUUUACUCAGCUGUCUUUAAGUUUAUCGAUGAGUGUGAGAAGUGUAAGGAUAAUUUGGUGACGGUACUGAGGACUAUUUCACCUGCCCAUUUCGAGAAUGGGACUUGGGAUACCGGAGGAACUUGCAGCAGGACGAGUCCUUUUGGAGAAAACCAAAUUGACCUGCAGAGCAAUGAGAUGAAGAUCAGGAGAUCUCAGAUUGAACAGGUUGAAGGUAUAGCAACAAAACGGAACAACAAAGCAAAGAAGUUUGCGGUUUUGGAUGUGACGAGGGUUAUGCUGAUGAGACCCGAUGGGCAUCCGAAUGGUUACUGGGGAAAUAAAUGGAUGAAAGGUUACAAUGAUUGCGUGCACUGGUGUUUGCCUGGGCCAAUUGAUGCGUGGAAUGAGUUUCUAAUGGCGAUAAUUAGACAGUUAAGAUGAUAAUAUGUGCAAAAACAUACAUAGCAGAAACAUUCUUUUACUUUUCUAAAUGAAUACUGAUGUUAUUCAUUGAUGUGAUUCAUUCUUUUACAUAGAGAGAUACACAAUAUUCAAUAGAACACAUAAUUUUC